AUGAAGAAGCUUUGUGGUUCCUCUAUUUCAAUUUUGCUCCUGAAUUUUUCUCUCAUCAUGUGCUGUUUGACAGAACCUACUUGCCUUUGGAGGAUAAAGAAUAGUGAAGAUAAUGAUGUAGAUUUGAGAAAUGAUUGUGGUUUCUACCUUUGGACACAUGAGGGACCUAUUGAAGACAAUUUGUACAAUGAUAUUAUUUAUUUUAGAAUACCAGCAAGUUUUUACGAGUUUUUUCUGGUAAUGUUUUUUGCUACUGAUGAGAUCAAUGAGAAUCCCUAUCUUUUACCCAAUAUGUCUUUGAUGUUCACCAUCACUGUUGAUCUAAUUCAAGAUACAUUGGGACUUCUGGAUAGACUAUAUUCACCACAAAACAAUGGCAACUAUUUUAUUAAUUACAACUGUAUAAAAUAUAAAUUUUGUGAUGUAGACCUUACUGGGCCAUCAUGGAAAACAUCUGCCAAACUGGCAUUUCAUUCUGGGUCACCACAGGUUUUCUUUGGACCAUUUAAUCCUAUCCUAAGUGACCAUGACCAGUUUCCCUAUCUCCAUCAGAUAGCCACCAAGGACACACAUUUGUCGCAUGGCAUGGUCUCCUUGAUGCUUCAUUUUAGAUGGACUUGGAUAGGUGUGGUCAUCUCAGAUAAUGAUCAGGGAAUUCAGUUUCUCUCAGAUUUAAGAGAAGAAAUGCAAAGGUGUGGGACCUGUUUAGCUUUUGUGAAUGUGAUCCCAGAAACCAUGCAGAUACACAUGACUAAGGCUACAAUAUAUGAUAAGCAAAUUAUGACAUCUUCAGCAAAGGUUGUUAUCAUUUAUGGUGAAUUGAACUCCACUUUAGAAGUUAACUUUAGAAGAUGGGGAUAUUUAGGAGCUCGGAGAAUCUGGAUCACAACUUCGCAAUGGGAUAUUAUCACAAAUACAAAGGAUUUCAGUCUUGAUUUGUUCCACGGGACUAUCAUUUUUGCACACCACAGAGGUGAUAUGCCUCAAUUUAGGAAUUUUAUGCAAACUAUGGAUACUGACAAAUACCCAGUAAACAUUUCUGAUUCUAUGCUUGGGUGGAAUUAUUUUAAUUGUUCAAUCUCUACAAACAGAAGUACAAUGGAACAUUUUAAGUUCAACAACACAUUGGAAUGGACAGCAAUGCAGAAAUAUUACAUGGACCUGAGUGAAGAAGGUUACAAUCUGUAUAAUGCUGUUUACGCUGUGGCCCACACCUACCAUGAACUCAUUCUUAGACAAGUAGAGUCUCAGAUACCAACAGAAUACAAAGGAAUAUUUAAUGACUGUCAGCAGGUGUCCUCCUUGCUGAAGACCAGGGUAUUUACGAACUCUGUUGGAGAACGGGUGAACAUGAAUCAUAGGGAAAAUCAGUGUACAGAUUAUGACAUUUUCAUCACUUGGAAUUUUCCAAAAGGAUUUGGAUUAAAAGUGAAAAUAGGAAGCUAUUUUCCUUGCUUCCCACAGAUGCAACAACUUCACAUAUCUGAAGAUGUGCCUUGGGCCACAGAAGGAACUUCGGAUGCAGUGACUUUGGAUGAUGUGCUUGUGACCUUCACUGUGGAAGAGUGGGAUAUGCUGGAUUCUUCCCAGAAGAGUCUCUACAAAGAUGUGAUGUUGGAGACGUACCUGAAUCUCACUGCUAUAGGCUACAAUUGGGAAGACCAUCAUAUUGAAGAACAUUGUGAAAAUUCUCGAAGACAUGAAAGUGACAUUGUAAAAUUUGUUGAGAGGGCAGUUUAUGAGAAUGAAGAAUAG